AUGUCAAACCCCAAAACGAAAGGCUACUUCUUUGGCUUAAUUGCGCUAAACUUCACGAAACACUGGAACGCAGAGCAGGAAUGGCCGACAAAUAUGAUGAGGGAGAGGGGUCUGCCUCGGGUGGCAUGGGUUGGCACACUCGUCGCCUUCCCGUCCGGCUGUGCGGUCGCCAUAUCGUUGUUAUCGGGAAACGAGGCCUCACUCGUAGGCGUUGCCAUCUCUGUCUCAUUGCUUCCGCCGGCAGUCAAUGCUGGUCUGUUGUGGGCGUUCUCUACGCUGAAAACCCUGUACUCGAUUAGCGAAGACCCGGUCGAUACCAACUAUACUACAGGUGCCCAACGAUCGUACCUUAAUCUCUGUAAAUCGCUGACACCCGAAGAUAAAUACAUUCCCUAUUAUAACGACAACAUCGCUAUAGAGACGGCUAUUUUGGGCGCUUUGAGUCUUAUAUUAUCGUUGAUUAACAUAACCAACAUAUUUAUCGGUGCAUUGAUUUUGCUAAAGAUCAAAGAGAUCGCACCAUUAUCUACAAUGUCACCAAACACUAGACGCUUCUUUCAGGAAGACAUUAAGAUUGCACGCGAAUAUAAUGCAGAGCACGGAAGCAGUAGUGAUAAUAUGGGCGAACGGGUGCUCAAGGAAUGGGCGGACAUGAAUGGGAUCGACGCCAACGAGUUGUUAUCAAACACCCCCGAAGCCCGAGUCACACAAUUUCAUACACUUAAUGAUAUUGUUAGGGACGUCGAGGCCGACGAUGUCUACAGAUCUAUUCAACGGACCAGACUAUCCACACAUAAUGCCGAUUUAUUGCGAAGGAUGAGCCAAAGCCUGUUUCAGCCGCCGAUGAAUAACAUGAAUAAAGAGAGCGGCGGAGGAAAGGAUAGCCGGCGCCGGAGUAGCGCUGUGUCCAUAAAUAUGUCCAGUUAUCGCAUUUCGGGCGUCGAAAUGGGAGCCAUCGCUAAUCGCCGUAACGGUAGACGACCCUCUCGUUUGUCACAAAUAGCGCCCACUAUUAUUACAUCGGAUGUGGAUUACGACCGGUUCUCAAUGGGUGAACAGGUGUCUCGACCGCCGACGCCGACCAUCAAAAUGCCACUUUCGGCGGGAAUACAGCCCAGAAAUAGCGAUGUCUUUACGUUUGGCGACAACCUGUUAGUGAAUGAUAUGAAUCGAUCGAGAAAUAGAAAUAGUCUACUAUUGCGGCGAUCACUGCAUCAGACCGACCACUCGCGCUACAGCCUAUGGCCGCGAUCGGCGCCCCCGGUGUCGCCCUCAUCGAUACCCCGAUUUGUGGUCACACCGGUUACCGACUCGCGGACCGAACAGCAAAACUUUAAUUAUUAAUUACUAUGUAAUCAUUAUAUUUUUUGUGUGC